AUGUUUGAAGUCUUUUAUUUAGCAUCAACAUGUCACAGAAAUAGGAACAUAUGGAUGAACAACGCAAAUUCCAUUUUUGAGACGGUGAGGUUCAACGACGUCUGGGCCGGACGACAAGCAUAUCAAUUCUUCCUGGCACAAUCUGGCACAAAUGAAACAGACACCAAGUCUGUCGAAGAUAUACGUCAAAUAGUAAGACAUUAUUCUGUCGUGGAAAACGCGAUUUUAGUAUUCGAGCGACAAAUCGUAUCUCGCGUAACAUCGGAUAAGUCUAUUCUCAACUACUGUUACGGUCCAUCCAGUACCCACCCUCCAACGCUGACAAUGAACGAGAGAUUUCGCUUUAUAAAAUCCUACUACACUCUCUGGUCCUUCCUCAACCUACCCCUCGACUCCUGGUACACUAACCUCAUAGCCCUCGAUCUAAGGGAGGUGUAUGUACUAUGGGAAAUGUGCAACCUACAACAAAGUAUCGGGAAAGAAGAAGCGAUUCCACCACAUCCUCAUCCGGACGCGGAUCCAGAUUCCUUUCUGGCGAUCCAUAAACAUGGACAAUCGCAGACGCGGAAGAGGUUACAAGCACUUAUUUCGCUAUAUGUUGAGAGGAUAUCCGUAGCAGACGCAUACAAUAUAUGGGAUUUAUACAAAGGCGAGGGAUCGCCGGGGUUUAUGGUGAUUUGGGACCAUUCGCAACCUUUUCUCGCAAUGUGUUGCGGGAUUCAGGAUAGGGAAGAGACGGCAUGGUAUGCUUAG